UGAGUUCCCUGUUCUACAAUUUAAGUAGACCAGUCCAUUGUUCAUUCCAAGCACAUUCUAGUUUCAGCAUCUCUAGCUUUUUCUUCGAACAUCAACUUUUAGCCAUGUUGAGUCCCAAGAGGCUUGUUGAGAAGGCAAAGAAGGGUCUGCCCUUGAUGAGAUCAAAUAGUCGAUCGAGUUGUUGCGAUUUCAACAACAUAUUGGUUGCUGACAAAGGCCAUUUUGUGGUGUACACUAUGGACGAUGCAAGAUUCGUUGUGCCAUUAUCAUUUCUCAAGAGCUGUAUUUUUCAAGAGCUCCUCAAGGUUUCAGCGGAGGAGUUCGGAUUACCUGGAGAGGGGCCAAUCACCCUGGCCUGCAGUGGAGUUUUCCUGGAGUAUGUAGUCUCCUUGCUCAAGAGAAGCUUGUCUAGAGAUGUGGAGUUGGCUUUGUUUGUCUCUAUCGAUGCAAACCGGUGCUCCGAUUCCUCGUUGGUUGGCCUUGGUUGUGACCAACAACGAGUAGUAGUAUGACAAAUUUGAAUAGUUUAUGAAAUAGAAAUCACUAUGUAGAGAGAUUUAACCAUAGAGAGGAACCGUUGUGCGUUUUUGUACCUCUUGUUCAGGGAAAAAUUUGAGCCCUGUUUAACUUCAUUGAGGUAUUGUCCAUAUGUAA